AUGUCCGUCGCAACCCGUAGAGCUUCCCUAACGCCAUCUUCGCCUGCCGUUUCACGUCGAGGAUCUUGGGUUGAUCUUCCUGCGGGCAGCGCCCCUUCGUCACGCCGAGGUUCGCGAGUCGACCUCUCCGCCACCGCAUCCUCCUCGUCCUCCACCAACUCGGAUUCAUGCGCGCCUGGCUCUCACUCCACCAAACUCUCCAUCAAUCAGCUUCUCUCCAAUCUUUCCCACGUCUCGGAAUCCCAAGCACGGAUGUCGUCGCCCAAAGGCUCGCGCUCGCCUGCUCUCAGCGAGUCGCAGAGCACAAAGCGCAAACAUGAGCCAGACACAGAGCCAUCUUCCUCCUCCUCGAUGACUGCAUUGAGGCUCUCCUCGGCCUCCGAGAUUCACCUUCCCACCGAUCCCGUCCGUCGGGCUAGCAUCAUCAACCUAGCCACCGCCGCUGCAGCUGCCGUCUUGCAGAGCCAGGCCGGGCAGCGCCGCAUGUCGGCUCAUCCAGAGCAAGAGCAGAAGCGUCAGCGCGUUGAGCACCUCGGCAUGCUCAUCGAACAGGCGCGCAAAGCCAGCGUCACCAGCCUGAGCCACGACAUGUCGCGCCACGUAGAGACCGCAUCCCAGAACGUUGCCAUCGCCACUGUGCUCGCUAAUCACCUCGGUCUCACUCCUCAGUCGUCGGCUGCUUCCACACCGUCGGCCGGUACGCCCGCUCCUUCUUCGCCCACUAAAGCACACGCCUCGUCGCUCGCAAUUCCUCAGACUCCUACCACGCCAAAGAGCCCGCUUUCGGCUGCGCCGGUCACAGCUGCUCACGUCUCGGACGAUCGUCCUUCCUUGGCGCAGGACGCCACGGCUGCCUUCGUCCGAGCUGUUAAGGACCAAGACAAAGCAUCGCAGCAAAUGCCCGCGCCGCCGUCGCCCACCAACACGCCUGCCAUCACGCUCACCAACAGCACUGAGUCGGCCGAGCCAGGUGCGUCAAGCAAAGUGCUCGCUGAGCCUUUGCGCGAGUCUCCGUCGCCACCCGCUUCGAGUCAAGCGAUUUUCGACCGAGCCAAAGAGGCUGCACACACCUACAGUCGAUUCUACCGCUUCGAGAAGGAGUGGGCACAAAAGGCGCUCGAGUUGGAGCGUCGUCGAAGCUCGAUUCGCAUUGAUCCGCUGUUCAACCCCAACCCAAGCCUGAGCCCGCUUCCCGCGGACGCCCACCACGAAGACAAGGGACGGGGCCCGACAUCGCCACAACAGCGUUCGGCGCCCGAGUCGCGGAUCGUGUCAAGGGGGACUUCGCCGUUUGGCGACCUGGCCGGCGCGUCCGCAGCAAGGACGUCGCACAGCGUCCCCAGUGGCUCAUUCUCGUCGUCGCAUCGCGGAUCAUCGAGCAGCCUGGCCAACGUGCUUUCCAACUUUGCCGAGCUGAUCGAGCAUCGUCAGCGCUCGUGCUCCGGGUUGGAGGCGUUGGCCAAGCAAGCCAAGGAACUGCCCGUCAAGCGCUUGAGUCAACCCAACCCGCAGUUCCGCACUACGUUUGGCGACUUUUCCUGGGCCAAAACGCCACGGAGCGCUACCGAUCCCACUGCGACAUCGACAGCAGCACCCAUGCCAGCAGCGGCAGUGGUGGUUGCAUCACCUGCGCCAUUGCGCUCCACACCCUCUUCUGCACGCGCCACACAAGCACCUCCUGCUGUCGGCCAGGCAGAUGCUGUCGACGCUGGCGACUCGAAGAUGUCACUUGAUAUGAACAGAGAUGAGGCGUUGUCCAGCACCAGCGAUGGCCCGUCCAGGUUGGCCGGUCGACCAGCGCAUCUGCAGAUCAAAUCGAUCAAGGAGGAGACGGCCGACUCGGAGACCGACGCCCCGGCUACUCCGCGUUCGAGCAUGAGCAUUGCCAGCAUGCUGUGA